GCAGGAUAAUACAUUUCAAAUCGUUUAGUGUAUCCACAGUCGCUACUGCGAAUGUCAGGACAUCUGCGAUUGCUGUUGACGCGCUGUUGACGAGGACUUUUCGUGUUUAUGUGCAAAAUGUCUCAGUACUUGGAAAAUAGUUCCCACUUGAGUUACCAAAUGAAACCUCUUAAUAUGGACACCAAGAUGCAGGAAAACAAAAACUCCUUCUGCAUAGACGCUCUUCUGUCGCGCGAAGAUCGCGCGACAAGCCCCGAGACUUCGCGAAGUAUCUCGCCGACCUCCACCAGAAGCCAGAGUCCUCCUAUAUCGCCUGGAAGCGAAGAAAUUCCGCCGUCUUCUUUCGUACCGAGACCUGGACUUUUGAACAACUUGUACAACAACGAGAGGAAUUUUUACAACUACCAGGUGCAGCAGGGAUCGGCUUUUCACUUCAACGACGGCAUGAUGGUCCAAAAGUUCGUCAAUCCGGUUAAUCUCCACAACCAAGGUCAUCUCCACCAGAUGCAGCUCGAUUGGUUGGCGGCAAGGACUGGAGUUAUUUAUCCUAGGUUGCCGGAUUUAGUAGGUUGCGGCCCUGGACAUGCCCUGCUAGGCAAAACGAGAAGGCCCAGGACAGCUUUUACAUCUCAGCAACUUUUGGAAUUAGAAAAACAAUUUAAGCAAAACAAAUACUUGUCGAGACCGAAGAGAUUUGAAGUAGCGACAAAUUUAAUGUUAACUGAAACACAAGUCAAAAUAUGGUUUCAGAAUAGACGCAUGAAAUGGAAGCGCAGUAAAAAGGCCCAGCAGGAAUCGAAAACUUCAAAAGAGCAGGAGUGCAGUUCGACUAAAUCCACACCUGAAACGAAUACAAAACCCAUACGUAGCCUAGGGUCCCUAAAAAUGUCAAGCCAAGAGAGCCAAGAUAGCCCAGUGCCGAGUUCAGAAAGAAAAAUUGACGAAUCUCUAUACAAACCGUAUUUGGUGUAAUUUUAGAUUUAACAUUAUUUAUUUCUUGUGAUAUUUUUGUUUGUUUUAUUUUUUUUACAUUAAAAAUGUAUAUAUUGUUGUAAAUAAAGAUUAAUUAUAUUAAUUGAAAAAAUGUAUUAGUUGUAAUCAGUGCUACCUCAUUUAUUUUGUAAUUUAAAAG